AUGCCGGACGUGCCCUCUCCAGACCAGAUCGAACAUAACAAGUCAGAAAGUCAUGCACUGGUCCUCACAGAGACCGAGGCUGCGGAACACUUUCGAAAGAAUCCGGAGCUGUCGACGGCGAUACAUAUCAGAUUUGCGGACGACGACCCUUCGAAUCCGAGGAAUUGGCCCAGCUGGAGAAAGUGGUACGUCCUAAGCCUCUGCUGCUUUCUCAAUUUCUUGACGUGUCUCUGCGCUGGUGGAUAUUCAUCAGGUGCAGACGGCAUCGCAGAGAGUCUCCAUGUCUCUUCCGAAGCCACCACGGUAGGAUUGUCGAUGUACAUCCUGGGAUUCGCCAUUGGACCAAUGGUGCUGGCGCCGCUCUCAGAAUACUUCGGCCGAUCUCCUGUAUACAUCUGCUCGUGGUUCUUUUUGGUCGUCUUCCAGAUCCCCCUGGCCCUGGCGCCCAACAUUGGCACGAUCAUCAUCUGUCGCUUGAUCGCUGGCUUCGGCGGAUCAGCCCCAUUGACCAAUACUGGCGGUACAGUCAGCGAUUUGUGGUCCCGGAAUGAGAGCGGCUAUGCGAUGAUGCUCUAUGGUGUUUCUUCGACAUUCUCACCGCCCAUGGCGCUCGUCAUCUCGGGCUACAUUGCUUUGGAGAAAUCGUGGCACUGGCUUUUCUGGGUCUACUUGAUCGUAACAGGCAGCGUCUGGAUCAUUAUGAUCUUAACGCUUCGAGAAACCCGGCACAGCACAAUACUCGAGAAGAAAGCCCACCGCCUACGCAAAGCUCUAGUGAAGGAAAUGAUUUUGAAGAAGGAAGAUCAAGACCAAAUCUCUGACGUCCACAACCAGAGCGACAAACGAGGUCUGCGCAGCCUCUUCGUCGUGAGCCUGACUCGCCCGGUCCGCUUCUUGCUGACGGAACCGAUCACGAUCAUGGCAGCCGCGUAUAACGGCUUCAUCUAUGGCAUCGUAUACCUCUUCAACGAAGCCAUCCCACUUGUCUUCGGACCUGGCGGCCACAAUUUCAAUACCGGAGAAUGGGGCCUGGCCUUCCUUGGAAUUGCCGUGGGCACCCUCAUCGCCGCGUGUCUGUUCCCGCUGCAAGAACGUUACUACCUCCACCGAGUCGCCGAAAACAACGGCAAAGGCGUGCCAGAAGCAAGAAUGUGGCAAGCACGGUUCGGCGCAUUCUUACUGCCUAUAUCCCUCUUCUGGUUCGCCUGGACCUCCUAUCCGUCGGUGCAUUGGAUCGUUCCGAUCAUCGCCUCUGCAUUUUUUGGGGCUGGGAUAUAUAUUGUCAUUCUGUCAGUACUUAACUACGUCGUUGAUAGCUAUCAGACCUACAGCGCUAGUGCCCUGGCUGGCGUGAUCCUGGUUCGUAAUGUGGUUGGCGCAGCCUUUCCGCUCUUCGCUUCGCAAAUGUACAAGGGAAUGGGAUAUGAGUGGGCCAGUUCUUUGCUUGCAUUCUUGAGUAUCCUAUUCAUACCUAUCCCGAUUUGGUGGUUUUAUCGAGGAGAGCAGUUGAGAUUGAAGAGUCCCUGGGCUCGAGAGCACUUCGACCAAGACGAAGAUGCUUCGCAUUAA